AUGGACCAAGGCUCCCACACCAGCGGGGCACCUGCUCCUCCUGCUGCACCGUCCGGCCAUCACCCGUGCUCGUCUCCCACUCUGCGAUUCUUUCCGUCUUUUACUCGCCGUACCACGCAGCCUGCCCUGGUGCAGGAACUUCCCGUGCGCAGGAGCCUUCUCCACAUCCAUCUUUGCACACCAACCAUGCGACCCUUCUCUUCCCAGCCCACAGGCAGUUGCCGCAGCUCGGAACUCUAUUGGUCCACCGCCGAGCUAUCAGCUGCCCCGUGCGACCACCCGCAGACACCGACAAUGACUGUCUGUCCCGCCAGCUCCACCCAAUAUGGUGCCCACCCAACGCGCAUCACAGCGAUUGCAGUGACUCACGUCGGGUGGGCUGCAGCUCUCGCGCGGGAUCACCCUCCCGCUGAUGGGCCCGCCACCGUCCCAGCGAGUCAUCACACUCCCUUGGAGACUUCGCCGUGGUAG